UUAUUUGCCACCUCUAUGCCGCACAUGAAUCUCUGGAACGCGUGUAUUUCAUCAUGGAGUAUCUGUCCAGUGGCAGCUUGAAUAAUCUGAUCAGCAUGUGCGGCAGCCUGAACAUCGGCAAUGUAAGGUUCUACACAGCAGAGAUGGUGUGUGCCCUCCAGUUCCUCCAUGGACAUAACAUCGUCCACCGAGAUCUAAAGCCACAAAACCUCAUGUUGGAUGCAGAAGGCCACAUCCGUAUCAUUGACCUGGGACUGGCCCAGGAUGGGGUCACCUCCUCCAAUAAGAUCGAUGGAGUGACAGGAACAUUCUAUUACAUGGCCCCUGAGGUGCAUCUCGGGAAGGACUAUGGCACAGCAGUGGAUUGGUGGAGCCUGGGGAUUGUGGUGUCCAUGAUGGCAACAGGACGCUCCCCAUUUUACAUCGGCUUGUCCAUGCAAAAGUCUUUCAAAGCCAUCACCAAGAAGGAGCCAAAAAUUUCCACCUGGGCUGCAUGCUGAUUUGAAACAUCUCAUCAUGAAGCUGCUGUGCAAAGCUCCUGAGAUGCGCCUGGGUGUGUGCGGUAACAUCAGAAAGCAUCCAUUCUUUUCCAUCAUUGGCUGGGAGGAACUGGAGGAGAGGAGAGUAGAACCACCAUGCAUACCAUUCCAGACAGUUCUGCAAAAUAAAGAUCGGCAGUGGCCGGCGGACACCAUAACCCUUCACC